UUUUUGAAACAUAAAACCCUCACUUCCUCUCUGCAAGCGACGCCUAAAACCCUAAAAAACAUAACCCAGUUACCCAGGAACCCUCCCCCCCCUGCCGACACAGCCACCGCUGAAAAGGGGAUUUCGCUGGUAUUCACAAAUCACAAGUCUGAUUCUUCAGCCAACGACGACUCGGUCUACCACUCAGAGUUUUAGAACAUGAAGAAGAAAAUGUCGGCUCCAAAUGGAGGAGCAAGAAAGGGCAAGGGAUUUUCACGGGACCCAUUUUUCGUCGAGGAGUCGAAGAAACGGCGGAAGAUUGAGAGUGACGUCAUAAGGAGCGACUCGGACGAGGAAUAUGGGUUGGUUAGUAAAUAUGGGAUUGAGGAGGAGGAGGCUGAGUUGGUAGAGGAAACCGCCGACGAGAAGAGGCAGCGCGUGGCGAGGGCGCACUUGGACAAGGUUCGUGGAAUUGCGGCGAAAGUGGAGGAGGAUGAGGAGGAAAGGGAAGGUGAGAGGGAAGACGAGAGGGAAGGCGAGAGGGACUCGCGCGUGUCGAUGCUUUUGCAGCAGGAGCAGCUCGAGGACGCCGGCCGGGUUCGUCGAGCUAUUGCGUCUAGGGUUCAAAUGCCAGAAUCUAGUGAUGAAUUCCGGGUCUUGGUGAAGCACCGGAAAUCUGUCACUGCUGUGGCUCUAUCUGAGGAUGAUCAUAAGGGCUUUUCAGCUUCGAAGGAUGGCACCAUUUUGCAUUGGGAUGUAGAUAGUGGGAAACAUGAAAAGUACCAGUGGCCUAGCGAAGAAGUACUGAGGUCUCAUGGGGCCAGGGAUACACAAGGUGCAGCUACAAGGCAUAGUAGACAAGUUUUAGCACUAGCUGUUAGCUCUGACGGUAAAUAUUUAGCAAGUGGAGGCUUAGAUCGCCACAUUCAUUUAUGGGAUACCCGUACACGAAAGCAUAUUCAGGCUUUUUCAGGUCACAAGGGACCCGUAUCAUGUUUAACUUUUAGGCAAGGAACUUCAGAACUUUUCUCUGGUGCAUUUGAUCGAACAGUUAAGAUAUGGAAUGCAGAAGACAGAGCCUAUAUAACUACAUUAUUUGGUCACCAAAGUGAAAUAUUAACUAUUGAUUGCUUACGGAAAGAGCGGGUGUUGACUGUGGGACGUGAUCGAAUCAUGCAAUUGUAUAAGGUCCCUGAGGAGUCACGUUUAGUAUUUCGUGCCCCUGCAUCUUCUCUGGAAUGUGGUUGUUUCAUUAGUAAUGAUGAAUUCUUAUCUGGCUCUGAUGAUGGAAGUAUUAGUCUUUGGAAUAUGUUGCGAAAGAAGCCUGCUUACAUCAUGAAGAAUGCUCAUGCUUUGUUGGCUGCAAACAAGAAUAUUGAACAAAAGGAUAGGGGGACAAUCCCCAAUGGACAUAUAGAAAAUGGUGACCAUAGUUCUGGAAGCUAUCAUUGUCAAUCAGCACAUUCCUGGGUUAGUUCUGUCGCUGUGUGUAGAAGCAGUGAUCUUGCUGCAUCAGGAGCUGGUAAUGGUUGUGUUCGAUUAUGGGCUAUUGAAAGUGAGACAAAAGGCAUUCGAACCUUGUUCAAUCUUCCAUUGGUUGGGUUUGUGAAUUCUUUAGCUUUUGCAAAUUCUGGACGGUUCCUGGUUGCCGGAGUUGGGCAGGAGCCUCGUUUGGGGAGGUGGGGACAUAUCCAGCCUGCUCAGAAUGGAAUUGCAGUACAUUCCCUUGAACUCUCAUAAGAUGGGCAAAUGAUUUUUGUAGCAUUCCAAUUUUGACUAAUCUGAGUUUUGAUCUUAAAUGACAAACUGCUUCUCUUAUUUGAUCCGAAUUAUAUAUAUUUUUUAUUACCAUUUAUUCCUUUUUUCAUCUGGAAGGGAAAUAGGAAACCA